AUGCUGUUCGGCAUCCUGCAGCGCGGUUUGCAGAUGCUCCCGCCCACUCUCCACUGUCGCUUCCGAGGUGGGGAGGGGGACCCAGGGACCCCGGCCAGAUCCCCUCCACCGGAAGUCUCCCCUCUCCCCUCCCCAUCCCACAGCCUCCCAGGCUACCCGGAACCCAGGAUCUCCGCUGUCUCCACAGCCCCCAGGGACCAAGGCGCCUGGAUACUUGGGAGGAGGUCUCCCGAAAUGUGGCGUCAGAGCUUUGGACUUCUAGGAAAAUCCUAUACCCAUGACACAACAGGAUCCUUUUUGCUGGGGAGGUGGCUCCACAGACCCCUGUACUCACUGCCUCUGUGUAGUGCUGUGGUGGAUGUUGCUAUCCAGGAUUAUGUGGCUGACGUGGCCGCUGAACUCAUCUACCAGAACAAGAGUCCGAUCUCCACAGAAGUCCUCUUCGUCUUCCCCCUGGGCCCGCACAUGGCCAUCUACUCAUUCCAGGCCUGCAGUGAGGAUGCCAAGGUCCAGGCCAUGCUGCGGGAUAAGGCCCAGCAGCUGCAUGAGGCUACAGGAGGCUGGGAGAAUCUGGAAUACCUUCAGGAUCAGUCUCAGUAUCCGGGUGAGGUGUUUGCCUGCUUCCUGGGCACCCUGUCCCCUGGCAGGGAGCUGGUUGUGACCUUGCGCUACGUCCAAGAGCUGCCACGGGAACCAGAUGGAGCAGCCCAUUUUGUACUGCCGCCCACACUGCAUCCCUACACAAAACUCUAUGCCUGGAAUUGUCUCACUAGCAAGCUGCCCUACAGCCUGCUGCUCACUGCUAGUCUGCAGUCACCCCGUGGAGUGGCCAAUCUCCAGGCUAACUUCACCCUCACCCCUUUGAUCUACACUGCCCAGGACCACAGCACUGCACAGGUGUCACUGGCUGGCAGCCCCCCAAGUCAUCAUGAUUUGGAGCUGCUGGUGUAUUUUGGAGACCCCACUGCAGUCAGUGCUGUGGUGGAGAAAGGAGACCCUGGGGCCCCUCCAGGCUCCCUUCUUGGUGACCCCAUGGUAUUGGUGACGCUGGCACCCAGCAUCCCUGAGGCAGUGCCUGGGCAGUGCCAGUCUGGAGAGUUAAUCUUCCUCCUGAACACCACUUUCCUUGAACAUGCACAGCACUCCCUGAUCUUCCUUCUCAAAAGCCUGCCCCUGGGCUGCUACUUCAACAUCUACUGCUAUGGAGAAACCUCUGUGGGCAUCUACCCGCAAAGUGUUGAAUAUACUCAGGACAACCUGACCGAGGCCAUGCGGCGCAUCCCCUCCACCUGCUCCAGUUUGGGUGACAACAAUCUGCUGGGAACCCUCCAAUCAAUCUACAAUACCCCUCGCCCCCGUGGGCAUGCGCGCCAGCUCUUCAUCUUCAUGGCCAGGCUACCCCCUGACAAGGAAGCCAUCGCUGCUGAGGUCUGCCGUCACCGCAAUAGCCACCGGUGUUUCUCUUUCUGCUUCUCUGAGGACAGCGCUGCCCUGGCUAUGGCCCUGGCCAAGGAGACAGGGGGUGAAGCUACCUACGUCUCCUCUGACAACACUAUGACAGUUAUGGUGUUGAAGUGCCUGAAGCGGGCCCUCAAGCCAGCAGCUGAGGGAGUUUCUCUGAGCUGGACCCUGCCCCAUGGCCUGGAGGUUGAGGAGCUGGGGGGCACCCCUCAGUCCAUCUUUCAGGGUCAACACAGCCUCCUCUAUGCCCAGAUCCAUGGACAGGCACAGGAUACGACGGUGGCCAAGGGUAUCAUGACCUUGCAGUACAGACUGGAUGGCCAGGAUGUCACUCACAGGAUUGAAUUCCCACUGUGCCCACAGGGAGAUGGCCGGCUGGCUGGGCAUCGUCUGGCUGCAAGAUCCUUGCUGAAGAGGUUGUUGCCAGAGAUUGUGAGUGGAUCAGGUGAUGAAACAAGGCAUCGCGCAGCUGAGAUCAGCCUCACUUCGGGGAUCAUCUGCCCCUUUACCAGCUAUGUGGGGGUUCGCAUAUCACAAAGGGUCCAAGGGCCCCUGGCACUGUUGUUACCCCGCCAGUCAUUCAUCCCCUGCCAGAUCGUUGAGCUUUGUGGCUCCAGAAAAGUCUCUUCAUGCUUUCCUAUGCCCAUCUGGGUCCCACCUGGCUGGCUGACAGCAAUGUGUGACUCAUGGCUUGCCUUCCGUCGACUCACCCAUGCCAUUGCCGCCCUGCCCCAGCGGGGGGCUUGCUCCAAAGAAUGCAAACCACCACAACCAUCAGUUUCUUCUCUUAAGUACGUGGAUGCCACAGAAUUUUUUUUGUGCUCUCCAAUGUUGGCGCAAUGGUCCACAAAAGCCAUUGCUGAGUGCCAGGAGCUGGUGGCACUGCAGAAUGUAGAUGGCUCCUGGGCCCUCAGCUCAGGACUGGCCUCUGUGCUGGAAAUCAAUGAGGCUGAAAUCAAGGGAAAGAUGCCUGGUGAGGUCAUGGAGCCAAGCAUCUGGGCCACAGUGCUGGCUGUGACCUGGCUGCACAGAAACGACACGUGUUACCAAGACUUCUGUGAGUUGUUGGAGGCCAAGGCUGUGACCUGGCUGUGCAGCCAAGCUGUGCCCCAUCUGGACAAGUGCCUGGAGGCAGCCAACACUCUCCUUGGGACCAGCGUGAAGCCAAGUGUCUUCAGGCUCUGAGCUCAACGCAUGCCUUGUGCUACAGACUGGCAGCACCUGCAGAGCUAAAAAGGGCCAGAAAGUAUAGCCUAAAUUCACCUACCAUGCUGAGAUACCACUGUUGCUACCAUCUGGGGUCUUACACUAUAGAUGAAUUCUCAGUGCUUGUGUCUUAUGCUAGUUGGGCUGAACCUGUAUCAUGCUGAACUCCUCAAGAGAAAACCUCUAGUUCAGAGACUCCAGUGUGUUUUGUUUGGGCAGAGGUGGGAGUGGGAAGGAAGCAUCACAUUCCCCAGUGGCUGCCCUUCCCGAAUUCGGCUUUGGCAAAAUGGGCUACUGGCCUCCACAAAGAUAGCGCUUAGGGACAUGGUUUAGUGGUAGACUUGGUAGUGUUAGGUUAAUGGUUGGAAUCCAUGACCCUACAGGUCUUUUCCAACCUAAAUGAUUCUAUGAUUCUAUGGUUUCUGUCUUGACAGGAGAGUGCUGUACACACUAGAAAAGUUCAGUGUUUAGAGUUGUCAACAGCAGGCACAAUAGCAGUGGCUCCCAAUGAAGGACUCCUGCUGCACCCCACUUGCUGACCUCUUUGCUUUACUCCAAUAGACCAGGAACUCCCAUAUCUGCAUUGCCAUGUAAAACAUUUUGGAAAUAAAACUCUCAUCUGCACCAGACCCAGCCCAUCAUAAUGUCCAAGAGAACUCAUGUGGGGUGAGAUUGGUUUGAAAACUAUCAUCAUGUUGGAGUUGGAACUGCAGGAGGUUUUGGUCAGCAAACAGUCAUGCAAUGUACUCCCUACUGCCCCAGAGCCCUGUUGGCAAGCUUCUGGUUAAUUUUCCAGUAAACAGUGAAUCUUCUGUAAGUCAAAAGGUGUGAUAUAGCCUUUAUUUAGUUGGGCGUAUGAUCCUUCCUUCCUUCCAGGGGCUAUCUGUGAGUCACCAGAAGGGGCAUGAAAGGACAUUGCUUCCCAGAGAAUUGUGUAUUGUAGUACAAUAAAUAAGGUGCUUCCCUUGCUCUUGGAAGAGCACAGACCUGUCCUAGGUUAGCAAGAGAGGAGCUGAGGACUUGCCAGGCUUUUUCUAGACUACUUUUGGCUUGAACAUAUUUCAGCUUCAUCUUAGAAGCAGCAGCUGUAGCAACACUUUGCCCAGCAGAUAGGUGACUGAUGUUUAACUUAUCACAGCUGUAACACAAAAGUUGUCAGGUAAUUGAUGUCCAACUUGAUUUUAGCUUUAACUUUCUAACUCCAUUGAAGCACACAACCCUGAAAAUAAAUGCUGUUUUCUCUUCAAGAUUCACCUGUGCUGUCUGGAGCAGACACAGUGCAAAUGUUUGUGUGCACUGGCAACCCCUCCUGCCCUGGAGGUCAGUGGGGAGACAGAGGAGUCACUUUCCCCAGAGAUGUAAAUGGGAUGGGGCUGAGAGGAAUGUGCCCUCCCACACUCUUUGGGGUGUAGAAGGAGGAACAAAGGGCAUUGGGGACCUCACAUUUUGGAGAGGUGAAUCAUGACUGUGAGGAUAUACUGCUAGCUCAGCUUACUUCAGCCACCAACAAAUGUAUUGUUGAUCAAGGGAGAGGUUUUGGCUUCUUGCCUCCAAAAGACUCCCAGGAAUGACUCAUCUGAUCCUACUUUGUUGGUCUCCAUGGCCUGGAGGGAAUACCAGACUCUACUUCUUUCUUCCCGUUGACCAUUGGCAGAGGCCGAAAAGGCAGCCUCAGUUACCCACAGCUGCCUAAUUCUGAAGGAGUCAAACCCAUUAUAGUAGUCUGCAGGAUGUGAGCCGAAUCCCCUUUCUGGAGCGUCAUCUGGCUCUGCUGCAUCAGUUUGGAAAAGCCUGUGCUUGUUGCCCCACCUCAGUUUCUCUUUUUCUCAGAGUAGGCUGAAAUGCUUUGGAGGUCUGGGGAAAGACUACCAUUGCCUGAGGUGUUGAAACAGUUUGCACCAGCUCAGAGCUUUCCUCUUCCACAGGGAUACACUUAUGCAGUGCUCCCUCCCUUAAAUCCCAGGGGAGACACCCUCCAGGGCACUAUUUCUAUAACACUAAGAAAUGGCAGUCAGGUGCUUCAGGCCCAGAGCUCCAUCUAUGGAAGGAAAAGUGAAAGAGCCAAACUUUCUGUUGGCCUUCCUGUGAGAUAAGGGUUUUCAGAGAGAAUAGGGAGGGAAGCCAUAUGAGGCAGAACAGGUGACACACAGACCUGCGUCUUUGUUCCCUGUCACCAUCACAGGAAAGGUCCUUACACUCUUCAUACACAGUUUUCAGUGGGGGAAUCUCUCCUAAUAGGACUUGUCAUCAACGUCUCCAGACACAAUUCAUCCCAGCCUAGGAGAAAUGUGGAAUAAGUGAAUGGGGUCUCCUGUGACAGCACCAUGAUCUCAUCACCCUUAUUGGAAGCAAGCUGUGCGAUAGAAAAACAACCCACAAAAACAAAGAACUGAGGCCUUGAUAUGUGGGACAGAAGGUCAGGGGCACAGCUGGAGCACCGAAGCAGGAGAGAGUGCUUAUCUAUGUGGCGCUAGUGUGAUAGAACACAUUCAGAGUCAGAGAGAAAGGAAAAAUACUAGCUCAGGAGGCAGACUAUACUAAGUCUGCUCUUUUGUUAAUAAACUAUUUCAGCUUUGCUUGUGCAUGGAUACAGAAUCCAUGUCGUGAAUCGCCACAAAUGGUGCACCAUGUGAGGAGUGACAAAUCAACCUAAGAAUGUGAACUGGUGGCGAGCCCAACAGGACUGAAGUGCUGCUGAAAGGAAGCAGGAGCCAGCUGCAAUCCCUCAUCGACUGAGGGUCAGGACCUUGCUGGAUCCCAGCCCAUUGCGUUCAGCCAUAUCGGUAUCAACCCUCAACAGAAAAUUCCACAUCAGAAGAACCAAACCCUACUGAAGGAAAAUUAAGACGCUUUGUUUGUUGAUUGUAUUUAUGAUCUGUUCAUGUAAUGGGGUAUAUUCUUGGCCAGGGUUACCCAAGCUACCAUCGUCUAAUAAUCUUUGGGUAACACUGGCAAAAGCCAUAAAUCAAGACUCUUCCAUUCUGAAUCUAUUCACAAAAGUAUUCAGCAGCUAGAGAAAAAAAAAAAAACCAAAACCUGCAGAAACUGCAAAUAGAUGAGGAUUGGAGUUGGCUUGAUCAGCUCUUUAGUGGGCUACAUCUGGGCGGAUGGGUAAAAGUCCUUGUGAAGUAUGUGAUCUUUUGCAUUGGUCUGUUUUUGUGUAUUGUUAUCUGUAUCCCAUAUGCUUAUAAUGCUUAUAAUGUUUAAUGGAUAAGUCUCUGAAAACCAUAUUGAUAGUUGAAAAAGAAGGGGGAAUUGUGGAGUAAGUGAUUGUGGCCUCCUGUGAUCUCAUCGCCCUUAUUGGAAGCAAGCCGUGCGAUAGAAAAACAACCCACAAAAACCCACAGAACUGAGGCCUUGAUAUGCAGGACAGAAGGUCAGGGGCACAACUGGAGCACCGAAGCAGGAGAGAGUGCUUAUCUAUGUUUAUACCGUAGUAUAAGCUAGUGUGAUAGAACACAUUCAGAGUCAGAGAGAAAGGAAAAAUACUAGCUCAGGAGGCAGACUAUAUUAAGGCUGCUCGUUUGUGAAUAAACGGCUUUUGGCUUUGCUUGUG